CCCAUCCUUAAGGGCCAAGUGUAGCUGGAGGUUGAUUUAAAUCAGAAUUAAUCCAAGGUGUAUCAGUGGACAACGAUUGUUAUAGUGAAGUGGAAAGUUAUUGGGUGUAUCUUCUCUCAUAAUUUACUGAACAAAAGAUGGCAAAUCGUCCAAAAGGAUAUGGAAUGACAGCCGAAUUGGCAAAUAAGAAAGCAGCAAAGUUUGAUCCAACUUUAGCACAAGAGGCCAUGACCUGGAUACACGACGUGCUUAACACAGGCGACGAUGGACAACAAGAGUUAGCGAAGCAAAUGGAAGUGACAAUCACAAAGCAGAAAGAUGUCCAAGACGUACUGAAGGAUGGGGUCAUUUUAUGCAAUCUUAUAAACAUUAUUAAACCGGGAAGUGUAAGGAAAAUCGACACAAGUAAGAUGUCCUUCAAACAGAUGGAAAAUACUGGAAACUUUCUCAAUGCAUGCGAGAAUAUUGGCGUGAAUAAAAUAGAUUUGUUCCAAACUGUGGAUUUAUUCGAGGGGACCAACAUACCUCAGGCCCAGAAGAUUUUCGAUGGACCAAAACUCGGGCCCGCGGAAGCGACGGCUAAUAAAAGAGAAUUUACCGAUGAACAGCUCCGGGCUGGCGAGGGUGUAAUUGGGCUACAGGCUGGGUCCAAUAAAGGUGCCAGCCAAGCAGGGCUGAACUUUGGGAAAACAAGAGCAAUCAUAGAUUGAACAGUUAUAGUUUCGACAUCCGUUUUUAGCAUUGAUUUGCAACUUAGAUAAAAACUGUUCUUCUUCGAUGACUUUCUUUAUUCUAAAUCUCUUAUUUUCCGAACUAUAUUCAUUUGAUAAUCAUUUAUGUUCGGUUGAGAGUAACGAAUUAGAACAUAAAUAUGUUCUAUUGUAUACUUGUGAACUCGGUUACCAAUCAGGUUGGCGUGCGGUCUCACGCAUGUUUUUGCUUUUGAGAGUGAGUUGUAUUGUUUGUGUGAAGGAUAUCGCCUGUUAGUCCGGAGUACAGUUGAUCCUAAGAGCACAGGAGACUCCAGAGCUUAGUUGAUUCCAGAGCAGAGAUUAUUCUACAAGAAGUUGCUGAGAGAGUCAUAGACAUUAUUCUUAUUUGAGUGAUUACCCCUAAGUCGAGAAGUGGUUCCUUGGGUAUAGAGACAGUUAGUUUCUGAAGCUGAGUGACUUCUUGAGAGAUUUGCUCACUAGAGACAUUGUAAUAUUUAAAUUUGUGAGCCAUAAAGGCCUGAAAGACAUUUUGAAAUUUACUGUUUUCUAUUUGUGUUGAAAUAGAGUAUAAAAAUCCCGUAUAA